AUUUUGCCAUUUGUUGCACAACGCUCAAAUCGUCAGCACAUUUAUGUCACCAACGUCCGUCCAGGUCCAAAUUGCAUAGACCCUUGAUUGCAGUCAUGUCUUUAAAAGUAGCUGUUGUAACUGGAAGCAACUCUGGAGUUGGUCUUGCCAUCGUCCGAGCUUUCUGCAAGCAUUUUGGAGAGAAUGGAGCUGUUUAUUUGACGGCUAGGAAUGAGGAGCGGGGGAUGCAGGCCGUGGAAGGCUUGAAGAAGGAAGGCCUUAAUCCUAGAUUCCAUCUCCUUGAUGUGGACGAUGUUAGCAGUAUGGAGAAGCUUCGAGAUGAUAUCAAGACUGAACAUGGGGGCUUGGACAUCCUGGUCAACAAUGCAGGAAUCGCUUAUAAGGGUAACCCUCCAAUGUCUGAGCAAGCUGCAGGAUCUGUCAAGACCAACUACCAUGGUGUCCGCCUAAUGACCGAUACAUUCCUCCCUAUCAUCAGAGAUGGUGGAAGAAUCACACAUGUUGCUAGCAUGGUGGCACCCAUGACCUACAACAAAAUGAGCAAAGAGCUUCAGCAGCGAUUCAAGCAAGUCUCUACUGUACAGGAUGUGACGAACCUCAUGAAUGAAUUCAUCGAGGCUACCAAGACUGGAGACCAUGUAAAGAAAGGUUGGGCAGAUUGGGCCUAUGGGACCAGUAAACUUGGAGUAGUAGCCCUCACCAAAAUUCAGGGUGAAAACAUUAUCAAGGAUUCAAGCAAAAAGGAUGUCCUCAUCAAUUGUUGCUGCCCUGGCUACGUUGCUACCGGCAUGACGGCACAUCAUACGGGUGACCACGCAAAGAAUAGGCUCACUCCGGACCAGGGGGCAGAUACCCCGGUCUACCUGUCCCUCCUACCGGCCGGGACCACCAACAUUCAGGGCAAGCUGCUCUCUAAGAGACAGGUUAAAGAUUUCUUUGCUGGUGAUAUUGGGCCAAUUACAUUCAACUAAAGUUGGUAGCUUUUAUACGCAAAUUAGAGGAUUCAAUUAUUGCUGAUGCAGAAAUGAUAAAGUUUCUGAGGAUAUUGGUAGAUACCAGAAUAUCAGAAAAAAUGUGAUUUAUUUUUCAAGACCAACAAAAAAAAGAAAUUAUGGUAAUCAAUAUUCUUCUUUUUAUUAUUAAAAUUUUAGUACUAGUUAUAUUAUGAAUGUUACUUCAAUGACUAAUACAAGUAAUAUUCUUAAUUCUGUUUUUAAGUUGAAAACUAAAAAUCACUCUCCAUUUUAUUGGGAAUGAACACCCUCUUAUUUCUUUUGUAUAUGACAAAAAUUAUAUAUUU